GCAGCCACGGCGGGAAGACGCGCGGCGCGUGGGCGGUGGGACGGGGCGGGCAGGUUCUGGUAGCGGUGGCCCAAGGAGCGGGAGGCAGCCAUGGGGGCGCGUGCGGCGGGCUGCUUGUGGUGGGGCACAGUGAGCUGCACGCUAUUCCUUGUGGUUAACAGUUUAUACUCAGCCAGUGAUGAUGUGAUAGAGCUGACACCAACUAACUUCAACAAGGAGGUCAUUCAGAGUGAGAACCUCUGGCUCGUGGAGUUCUAUGCCCCAUGGUGUGGUCAUUGUCAAAGACUAACCCCUGAGUGGAAGAAAGCAGCAACAGCAUUAAAGGGUGUAGUGAAAGUAGGUGCAGUAGAUGCAGACAAACAUCAGUCCUUGGGUGGACAGUAUGGAGUCAGAGGGUUUCCAACUAUCAAGAUAUUUGGAGCCAACAAAAACAAAGCAGAGGAUUAUCAGGGUGGCAGGACAAGUGAUGCUAUUGUUGAUGCUGCUUUAAGCGCUCUUCGGUCCCUGGUGAAAGACCGUCUUAGUGGCAGAAGUGGAGGAUAUAGUUCUGGGAAACAGAGCCGAGAGAGCGGAGGUGGUGAUAAGAGGGAUGUGAUUGAGCUGACCGAUGACAGCUUCGAUAAGAACGUCAUAAACAGUGAUGAUGUGUGGAUGGUGGAGUUUUAUGCUCCAUGGUGUGGGCACUGCAAAAACCUGGAGCCAGAAUGGGCAGCCGCUGCCACUGAGGUGAAGGAACAAACAAAGGGAAAAGUAAAGCUGGCUGCAGUAGAUGCAACUGUUAAUCAGAUGCUGGCAAGCAGAUAUGGGAUUCGUGGAUUUCCUACCAUUAAAAUUUUCCAGAAAGGAGAAGAUCCUGUUGAUUAUGAUGGUGGGAGAACCAGAUCUGACAUCGUUUCUCGUGCUCUGGAUCUGUUUUCUGAUAAUGCACCACCACCUGAGCUCCUGGAGAUAAUCAGUGAAGAUGUUCUGAAGAAUACCUGUGAUGCUCAUCAGCUCUGCAUCAUUUCUGUCCUGCCUCAUAUUCUUGACACAGGAGCUUCAGGGAGGAAUUCUUACCUGGAUGUCAUGUUAAAAAUGGCUGAAAAAUACAAAAAGAAAAUGUGGGGGUGGCUGUGGACAGAAGCGGGUGCUCAGUCAGAUCUUGAGAGCUCUUUGGGGAUUGGAGGCUUUGGGUACCCAGCAAUGGCAGCUAUUAAUGCUCGGAAGAUGAAAUUUGCCCUUCUGAAAGGAUCAUUCAGUGAGCAAGGGAUUAAUGAGUUUCUCAGGGAACUAUCUGUUGGUCGUGGCUCUACAGCACCAGUAGCUGGUGGAGCUUUCCCUAAAAUUCAUUCAGUUGAACCUUGGGAUGGCAAAGAUGGUGAGCUUCCAGUUGAAGAUGAUAUUGAUCUCAGUGAUGUGGAUCUGGAUGACUGGGAUAAAGAUGAGCUGUGAGAUCUUCCGGAAACUUCUUUUCUUGGGCAAGCUUGUGCAGCAGUUUGCAACCUGGUUCACAAUCAGAUGGAUAUUCCAGUGGCCUUUUUAUGGAGAACUAGCACAUGCCACACUGUGCUAUGUGAUGCACUGCAGCAGUGAACUGUACGCAUCUCAAGAAAACAUUGCAGAAAUUCUAUGAAUUGUCAUAACCAGUAAACUUGAUUGUAUUCUGUGUAACAAAUAUUUUGAGGACAACAUGGAUAUUUCUUUGGAACAUCUUGGGGUUUGUUCUGUUGAUAGUGUGCUGUUUGAGUGUUGCUGGAGGCUGUUAGUGUAACCAAUUUUAAACGUGAUGUUUUUUUUCAUGGAGGUGGAACCUGGUCAGCUUCUGUUUCAAUUAAAGAAUAAAACAAAAUAUUUUUGA